GGAAAAAACACAUCAACACCAUGGACGGAUUUAUGAUGGACAUUAUCAAGGGCAUGUGUAUCAUGGACAACGAUGGCAAUCGUAUCAUUGCCAAAUACUAUGACAAAAACAUCUUGUCCACAGUCAAAGAACAGAAAGCCUUCGAAAAGAAUCUCUUCAAUAAGACACAUCGUUCCAAUACCGAAAUCAUCAUGUUGGAUGGUCUGACGUGUGUCUACAAGAGUAAUGUGGACUUAUUCUUCUAUGUAAUGGGUAAUGCAUAUGAAAAUGAACUGAUCCUAUUGUCGGUGCUCAAUUGCCUGUAUGACUCCAUCAGCUUGAUACUGAAGAAGAAUGUUGAGAAACGUUUGGUAUUGGAUAAUUUGGAAAUCAUUAUGUUGGCAUUUGAUGAAAUCUGUGAUGGAGGAAUAAUUUUAGAUGCUGAUCCAUCAUCUGUUGUGAAACGUGUCGAUUUACGUAACGAUGACAUUCCCAUUGCCGAACAAACAGUGGCCCAGGUAUUUCAGUCAGCUCGUGAACAGUUAAAAUGGUCCAUACUAAAGUAAAGAUAACAACAUUUAAUCACAGCCUUGCAAACCAUAAUUCUACAGUUUCGUAUUUAAGUUCCAA